CAGCACAUCGGUAGUGGGAGGAAGGCGCAGGCGAGACCGUACAUCGAGUGAGGGGGAGGAGAGUUUGGGAACUUGCAGUAGCCGCUGUCUGAGCCGGUCACCAGGCGCGGAUCUGCGGGGAGCGUGUCGGGAAGCGGAGAGAGAGAGAGAGAGAGAGAGUGGAGCAACUGGGAGAAUGCAGCCCCCGGGCCGUGCAGUGAUGGAUGUUCGGGUCCAGGACGUGAAGAAACGGAGGAACCCGAACAAACACUACGUUUAUGUUAUCCAAGUGAACUGGUCAGAUAACACGUCAAGUAUCAUCUAUAGACGUUAUAGCAAGUUUUUCGACCUCCAGAUGCAGCUGCUGGACAAGUUUCCUGUUGAAGGAGGGCAGAAGGAUCCUAAAUUGCGCUGCAUCCCUUUCUUGCCUGGCAAAAUCCUAUUCAGAAGAAGCCAUGUCAGGGAUGUGGCCAUGAAGAGACUGAAGCCCAUUGAUGAAUAUUGCAGGUCUCUGGUCCGACUGCCAUUUCUGAUCUCUCAAUGUGAUGAAGUACUCCGAUUUUUCGAGCCUCGCCCAGAGGAUUUGAAUCCACCAAAGGACGAUCACUUGGGGAAGAAACAGAAAGGGGGUUCGGAGACUGUGUCAGAGUCCAUGGUUUUGGAUCAGUAUAUGGUGGUUGCCAACUAUGAGAAACAGGAGAACUCUGAGAUCAGCCUAAAGGCAGGAGAAGUGGUGGAUGUUAUUGAAAAGAGCGAGAGUGGUUGGUGGUUUGUAAGUACAGCGGAGGAGCAGGGCUGGGUCCCAGCUACGUAUCUAGAGUCACAAAAUGGAACCCGCGAUGACCUGGACAUCAGCACUACAAGAGCUGGAGAAGAGGAGAAAUACAUUACUGUGCAGCCAUAUGUCAACCAGGGCAAAGACGAGAUUGGCUUUGAAAAAGGCGUCAUGGUGGAGGUCAUACAGAGGAACUUGGAAGGCUGGUGGUUUAUCAGAUAUCAAGGGAAAGAGGGAUGGGCACCAGCAUCUUACUUAAGAAAAGUCAAGGAUGAACUUGCUGUGAGGAAAAAGCCUCUUACUGGGCCAGUGGAGAUAAUUGGAAACAUAAUGGAGAUAAGUAACCUGCUGAACAAAAAAACAUGCAGUGAAAAGGAUGUUCAGACAGAGAAUGAAUCCAACCUUUAUGACCAUCCUCCACUAACUGCAAAGGAAAUCAGCCUUCCGCUGCUUUGCGAACAGACCAAUGGUAAUGCAACUGUAUUGACGACACCAGAAAAUAAACUCAGCCGCGGAGCACCGGGAUCCCCAGCUGUUGCCAGGGUCGCCCCACAGAGAGCAGAGAUAGGUUCCCCAAACCUAAGGCAGAAGCCGCCACCACGCAGAGAAGCCAGCUUGGGGUUCCAGCUUCCAAAGCCUCCAGAGCCACCUGCUGUUGAAGUGGAGUACUACACCAUUGCAGAAUUCCAGACGCACAUUGCUGAUGGGAUCAGUUUCCGUGGAGGGCAGAAAGCCGAGGUCAUUGAGAAAAAUUUAGGUGGCUGGUGGUAUGUGCAGAUUGGGCAGCAGGAAGGUUGGGCACCAUCUUCAUACAUUGACAAGAGGAAAAAGCCAAAUCUGUCUAGAAGAAGCAGCACACUGAUCCGGCCAAAAAUUCCUCCCCCGGCACCACCCACCAAAAACAAGCCAAACUCCGAGGAAAUGGGUUCAGGAAAUGAGAGUGAAUGCAUGCAGCAAAAACCCAAGUUCGAGGAACCAGAGUAUGAUAUUCCUACUGCAAUCUUCGACUCUGAGCCCCUGACUGAAAUGAAGUUGGCUGCUGAUGAGCAGGCUAAAGAAGAUUCAUUAAGUCAGGACCAGACAGAGUCCAGCCAGCAGCAAAGCAAACCAUGCCCACUCUCCACACUGCGGAAAGCCCACUUCAAAGUGGGUGAAUCUUCAGAAAGCUUGUCUCGCGAGGACCAGCUUGUAUACCCUCCAAGUAAUAAGGAAUGCAACCAAGAAGGCAGCAGCAGUAGCUUAGAAUGUAAUCGCGUUUAUGAAACUGUUACUCAAGUUGCUGCUGCAUUGUCAGCAUCUGAGACCAGCUCUUCACCAAAAUACAUUUCAUCAAAACACUCUUUAAAAGACCUUCACUUAAAAUCUGAGAAAAAAACUGAUGCUAGAAAAAGUGGUGAGAGUUACUGCAAAUCCAUCUCUGAUAUAAGUCCUUGCACAACACAGAAAACUGGGCCAAAGAAAGACAAGGAGGUGUCUGAAACAAAUGCACACACAGAGCAGAAUGCUGCUCCCAGUCCCAUAACCAGACCUAAGCCUUCUGUGAGACCAAAGCCUUUACUGGUGAAACCAGAAGCACAGAAUAUGGAGAUCAGCACCAUCAGGCGCCACCUUAGGCCCACAGGACAGCUGAAACACAACUCCAAAGGGGCAAAAACUGAUGAUGCAGAAACUAUCUCAUUAACGUCCUCUGAAAAUUCAGAAGAUUCUUUCACCAAAAGUACAGUGGACCUUUCCACAAAUGCAUCACCCAGCCAAGCUGGACUGGGCAUACCAAGACCUAGUGAACAGGAAACAGAAUCUCUGUGCCAGUACAAAACGGUGGAUAAAUAUGAGAAAGUUCAGGACAAUGAAAUCAGUUUUCCAGCAGGAAUAAUGGUGGAGGUUCUGGAAAAACAGGACAGUGGUUGGUGGUUUAUUAGAAUUGGAGACGCUGAGGGAUGGGCCCCUGUCUUCUACUUGGAACAUGUUGGUGGCAUGCCAGCACAGAGUGCUGGAGAGUCUGGAACAUCUAGUGGGGAGAGGCCAGUGAAUGAAAACCAACUCAAUAACAUGGAGAAAAUAGACAACAAGGUCCAGGCAUUAAACAACAUCAACCUUGGUCUAAGGAGAGCAACACCCCCAAUUCCUGCAAAACCCCCUGGAGGGUUUACAAGGCUAGGGACGAGCAUGAAUGGUUCAGUAAAAAUGAGAAAUGGGUUGAAACAGGUAGCUGUGAGGCCACAAUCUGUUUUUGUUUCCCCCUCAAGCAAAGAAACUAACAACCUCGCUGGAUCACUCAGGAGGAAUGAAUCUAUGGUGUGCCACGAGAAUAUCAGGUCCACAGUGAACAUCCGGCGUAAUGCAUCCUUCAACAACAUCCGGUUACGGAAGAAGACUGAGGAGUCUGACACUCUACACUCAGCUACAGUGUCAGUUCCCAACCAGGCAAAGGUCAGACCUUCAGAAAGGUGUGGAGUAAUCGAAUCAGAUGCCAUGGGCAGAACUUCCCAGAAAAAUGGAAUUCCUGUGUCAGCUGUGAGACCAAAGCCAGUGUGCAUCCAGGAGAAACCUCAGUUCAUUCAGAACAACUGGAGGGAGGUGUACGUUACAAUCGCUGACUAUCAGGGAGAUGAAGAGACCAUGGGUUUCCAAGAAGGCAGCUCUGUGGAGGUGCUGGAACGUAAUCCCAAUGGUUGGUGGUAUUGUCAAAUAAUAGAUAGUGGACGCUCUCAAAAGGGCUGGGUGCCUUCGAAUUAUUUAGAAAAGAAGUACUAAUAUUUCUUUGUUUUUUAUAUGAAUAUGUUUAAUUUAUAGAUGCAAUGUGCAUUUUCUAAUAGAACUGUCAGGCAGACACUGCAAGCCUGCAAUGGAAUAAAUGUCGCUAUAUUUCAACUGCUGGAUUGCUGAGCUAGUCUAUACCAGUGAAACUGUAACAUGAAGGUGAUUGAGUAUGUGGAAAGCCACCUGUAAACAACUGGAAUCGUGUAGUCUGUCUGCACAUGGUGAAUUCAGGACAUGAAAGCGUCAAAGUGGAGCUAAUUGUUUACAGCUGGACAAAGGCGAGUUGCAUUCCCAUAUGCAACAGAUUUACUCAAAAGCCGGACCUUUGAGCAGAGUUGGAUGUUUUAAAUUAAUUAUUAUUGUUUUUAUUAUAUACUUCUAACAGAAUAGGCAGGAGUUAUUCUGGAUUUUUUUUCACUGGUGCCUUUAGCAUGCCCAAAGUACAUAAACUGAGAAUUACCAUUCUUUUCACUGUGCCAAAAAUGUCAGAAGUUAGUCUGUUAGAAAUGUUUUGACUUGAUGGGGUCUCACCAGCCAGAGUGUGGUGGAGGGGAGACAAAAGGGAACCAACACCAUCCGCAGUGACAGGUGAGUCAGGAAGCCUCAAUAUUUGCAAAUGUGCAGAGAUGCUGGUUGCAUUGACAAACUGUUUCACAGUAGAUGUCAUUUUUGUUGUUUCAUCACAAGAUUUCUCUGGUUUUGCCCUACAGAUUCUAGCCAUGUUUAUGCUCUUGCUUUAGUUAUUUAGGCGACACACACUCUCCAGAAUGACAGUAGUGAAGUUAGUGUCUCUUCUAUAGUGGCCCAACAAUAUUGGACCCUUUUUGUACUUGGAGUGUUAUUAAGGUGAAGUUUUCAGCAGAGCUCCUGACAUUCAGAAACCAUGUGGCCCCAACAUGCUCUGCCCACACUCUUUAUUUGGAGCAAAUCUAUGCAUCAGAGUAUAGACCUCGGAUUCAAUAUUCUUUUUGAACAUAUCACAAAAAGAACAAUUUUCACAACUUAAUAAAACACAUAGAACCUCAGAAACUUGAGUGAUGUGAGCUUUAUCUGCAGUUUGUUGGUAUGGUGUAUUUAUUUGUAAAAUGUUUUCUACUAGUUUUUUGCAUAAAUUCUCCAGAGGAGGGAAGAUCUUUUGUAUAUAGUAUUGCUGCAUAACACUGAUUAAACAAGGUCAUUAACAUGAGACUUGCACCCUGGUUCACAAGUGAAUGUAGAGAGAUAUGGUCAGGUGAAAGAUGCAGCUUUUUCUGCUAAACACCAUAUUGCUUUUUUUCCCUUGUUAUCAGCAGAGGUUGAGACUCAGGGUACCAUUGCUUGAUGCUUAACACUGCAGUACACAUUUACACAUGAAGGGACAUGACUCUGCAGAUUUGAUUCAAUAAACUGAAGUACAAAUUGGUACCAUAAUACAUUAAUUGUGCUUCUACACGUGUUGUCAACUGUAGUUAGAUGACCCUUUUUGAGUAGAAAUGAGAGACACCAAUUAAAAGUUGCCACGACUUUGGCAGCAGCUGUGAGUGACACAUGGGCUAGAAACUUUCGGGCAAUGUUGUGGGCUGGAAGGAUAUGAUGCUUCCUCGUCAGCUAGGCAGUAUUACUCAGCACUGUGUUGCUCAGUCCUGUUUAGUAAAACCUUUUGCCAACAGCAAUGCUUUGCUUUGCUACCAUUACUCUACAGAUGUACUAAUGCCAUUCAAAUUGGUACAUCAUUGCCAGAUGAUGCACAAACAUUUG